GGAAACGCUGAUACUACAACUCUCUGGUGCGUCACAUGUGGAAGAUACAAUGUCAGGAGGCUAUUUCUGGGAUUUUCUCAAGGAUCUUUCAAAUAACCUGAUUUUGAGUAGCUAUUUUUGUGUUUCCUAAACGCUGAGAGGUGACAACGUGUGCCAUCCCAAAACUACAGUGCUAUGCCAAGCUGAACCUUUGCAGAGUUAGUGGGAGGACUCUUGAUUUAAUGAGAGGAAGAUGAAUGUUGGCAGUGAGCUCCAAGAAAACUCAACUAAAGAAUAUCAGCAUCAGAUCUACGCCGUCUUCUACACAGUGAUUCUUGUUCCUGGACUGAUCUGCAAUGUUCUCGCACUCUGGGUUUUUUACGCCUACAUAAAGGAGACAAAGAAGGCUGUUGUAUUCAUGAUUAACCUGGCCAUCGCUGAUCUGCUGCAGGUGCUGUCACUACCUCUGCGCAUUUAUUACUAUUUGAACAACUCGUGGCCUUUCGGCGAUGCCGCCUGCCUGCUCUGUUUCUAUCUGAAAUACGUCAAUAUGUACGCCAGCAUCUACUUCUUGGCCUGCAUCAGUCUGAGACGCUGUCGACUCAUUCUCCAGCCGCUGCACUGCGUCGCCACGAAGAGACGGAGGGAGCGAGGCUUGUGUUUAAUCGGGUGGUUUAUUGUGUGUCUGGGAUGCCUUCCCUUCCCACUUCUGCGAAAACCCAACACCAACUCCACACACUGCUUCGCCGAGCUGCCCAUGACGCGGCUGAACACAGUGCUAGGAGUGUCCCUGGUGACAUUCGCGGAGCUGGUGGGUUUUCUGCUGCCGCUGGUCAUCGUGGUCACCUGCUCGUUGCUGACCGCUGCCAGUCUGCGGCAGAAGACCUGUGUGCUGCAGGACACUGGAGAAAAGCACAAGGCGCUCAAGAUGGUGCUGAGUUGUGCUGGUGUGUUCCUGGUGUGUUUUGUGCCCUAUCACAUCACCUUCCCUUUAGACUUCCUGGCCAAAUCAAACUAUACAUUUAGCUCUGAGUUUAAGAACGCCGUGCUCCACGUUCAUCCAGUCACCUUGUGUCUAGCGAGUCUGAACUGCUGUCUGGACCCAGUCAUGUACUACUUCACUACUGAUGAGUUCAAGCGGCGUCUGUCCAGGCCAGAGUUUCAAGAAAGUUUGCCAUUACAGCAGAGAACUUCUCUCUCCACAAAUGCUACAGUCUUAAACCAGACAGAUGAAGCAUAGUGACAUUGUUUUAAGCCACAAAAA